GCGGGGCGGCCUGGCGGGAGGACGAUGGCCACGGUGCGCCGGCUGCGCGAGGUCCCGCGGCACCUACUGGUCUGCGAAAAGUCCAGUUUCGGCCACGAGAAGUCGCGCCACCGGCACCUCGUGGAGACGCACCAUUACAACUACAGGGUGUCCGUGCUGGUGCCCGAGUGCGGCCUCCUGCCCCAGGCGCUGCGGGCGCAGCUCGCCCGGGCCGGACCCUACUUCUCGGUGCGGGCCCUGCCGCUGUGGGAGCUGCUCGCCCCGGGAUUCAUCGGCACGUUCGUGCGGGGAGGGUCCUGCUACGCCCUGAGCUUCAACACCAGCAUCGAUGAGGACAACGCCGCCGCCCUGCUGCCCAGCGGGAAGUUAAUCUUAUCCCUGGAUAAAGACACGUAUGAGGAGAUGGGGCUGCAGGGCCGGCCGGCCCGCCACGCUGGCAAGAACACCGUGAAAUUCAUCGUUGCUGUUGAUCUCCUGGAUUUAUUCCUGAACCCAGCUUCAAAGAAAUCGCAGAGGGUUCGCUGGUCCUUCCAGGAGAAGAAGCCACUGAAGUUCGACUUUCUGCUGGCGUGGGACCCUGCAGGGGCAGAAGACUCGGCCAUGAUGUCCUACUUCUCCAGUUACCAGAUCCGGGAGCACCAGCCACGCGUGGUCCUGAGCACUGUGGCCGAGCUGGAGUAUCCUGUGCUGCAGAGCGGGGAGCCCCGGGGGCAGCUGGGGGGCUCCUGCAGCGCCCCCGACUUCCUGGAGUGGCUGGGGGCCGUCUUCAGCGGCGCAGAGAUGAAGAACGAGCCCGACAGCUUUGUCUCCACCUAUUGCUGUCCCCAGCCCAGCACGGUGGCGGCCAGGGCCUCCGUGUGUACCCUCACGGGCCUCCUGCUCCCGGCCCAGGUCUCUGCCCUGCUGGAGCAGCUGCGCCUCUACUUUGAGGAGCCUAAGCUGGCCCCGUGGGUCGCACUCUCCGUGCAAGGCUUUGCCGACAGCCCCGUGUCCUGGGGUGAAGACGAGCACGGCUUUGGGGGCAGCGGCGACCACCUGUACAGCUUUGUCAUCUUCAGCAACCAGGACUACUGGCUGCAGAUGGCCGUCGGCGCCAGGGACGAGUGUCCACCCUAGAGUGCAGCCUGAGGCACUUCCCAGGACUGCUGGAUCUGAUGGCUGAGGGUGUGUGUCUGCUGGCAAAGGAAGUGACGUUUCUUAGAUGGGCUUUGGCCCCACAGGGGCUGCACCCCAGCCUGGCCCAGAGCUGCCCUGUUGGCGUCCCGUGUGUCCCCUGCACUGGAGCCUUGUCCUGGGGGCCCACAUGUGGAGGAGCUGGCAGCCUUCUGAGCACCCCCAGGGCUAACGGGCCUGUGGACUUGGCAUGUCCCUGAGUUUGAAGCGGAAAGAGUGUCGGGUGUGUGAGUUGGACAGUGGGGGCAGGAGUCCAGAAGGAAGCUGGCUGGACCCUGACGGUGGGGAGAUGCCUGCAGCAGAACUCACAAAUCACCCUGUUAUUCGUCGAUUGCCUCGAGCAGGCCCCAGUAACGUCUCCUUCAUCCUAGCCCUGAGAUUAUAUUCAAGGCUCUUUAGGAGAAUGAGACCCAUCAUUGUUACUGGUAUUUGGCAUAUUGGGCACGCCACGGGGAGUUUGCCAGCAGAACUAGCAGAGGGAAAGGGUCCCUGGAAGGGCCCAGGACAGAAGGUGGGGUGAGCCCUGAGCAUCAGACUCCUUUCAGAACUGCCAUCCAUAGUGGCAGCAGUGUUUGGCCUUCCCUGGGAAGGGGUCUGGGAGAGGCCGGCCACAUUAGUACCAAAGCCGG